AGCUGUGCUUGACUGUCACCCUCCACACAGAGGGUGUCUCUGCCACCACCCCGGCCCCGCUCCAGGACAACUGCUCAUUGACAAAGGUCCUUGAUGUUUUCUGAGGCACCCCUCAUGUCGAACCAGGGCAGGGAUGGAGAAGAGUUUGAGGAGUUAGCCAGACCAGAACCUCCACCACAGAAGCCUGUCCACAGACCAGGUAAAGAAAUGUACACUCAGGAGAGAAGGCGGACCCUCCAGGAGAGGACAAUGCCUUCUCAACAGGAACCUCCAGUUAGGCAGCAAGUCCCCAAGAUGAUGCCCAGAGAACCCAGUCUCCCUGCCAGAAGCAUGUCUCUGCGAAAAGCUAUGUCUCUCCAGAACUUGAGCCAGAUAGAGACACCCUGGGAAGGGGUCACCCUCAACCGCUGUCUGUUCAUAGCCAUCACCAUCCUGCUGUUCAGCACUGUCUUUCAGAAACUACACGAAACCAUAAAAGGUGGACGGGGUGUGGAGGAAGAGGAGUAUGACAUUGCACUGACAGUGAGGCGCUCCGCGCUGAGACACAGAGUCCAACCACAGGAGGUAGUGCCUGAGAAGUCUCUGUAUGAGGUGCUCUUCUGGUGGUUACCUGACAUUGAUGACGAUAAUGAAGAAGAAGCUGAUGAAGGGGAAACCAAACAGGGUCGAGUGAAGAAAAGGGUCCGAGAGAGGUCGCUGAAGGGCCUGAGAGGCAAUGGAACACCAGAGAGAAAACUUGUAAAAGGCAGAGAGGGGAAGACAAAAGAUAAGAGGGCCAAGAGAGAGAGGGAUGAAGAAACUAAGGGAAAGAAAAAGGGAAAACAGGCCAAGCUGGGAGAUGUGGAAAAAAUGGAUGAGGAAAUAAAUGAAGGGGAAGAUGAGGUAAAACCCAAGAAGCUACAAAAGGUUAUGAAAUCAAAAGCCAGCUAAUCUUAAGGCAAACACCACGCUGUCUGAAGAAACAUUUAGUAAAAUAGUAUGAUAGAUCUAGUUCUCCGUUUGUAAUUGUAUAAUGAGGCCACAUCACUUACAACUAAUACAUGCUGUUGGCUCAUUGGCAGCCAUUACAAGUGCCAGUCAGAAGAGCAAACCAGUUCUUAGUCUGCCAUGUACUUCUUGCUUAAAAUAUUGAAUGAUGUGGUUUGGAUUGUAAAGAUGAGACUUAAUUGAUGAAUUGUAAGGGUGCUAUUGGAAAAUAACUGCUCAACUGGGGCCUCUAUAGCAAUGCUGGAUGUUUCAGACAACCUGGUCAAUUGAUGUCAUUUUUUUGAUAACACUGUAAAUACUGUACUUAAAAAUUAAAACUUUUGUAAAAUUAACAACUAAUUUCUGCUACCUUAACUCCAUCACAAAGCAUUGAACACAUCAAUAAAGCUUUCCCUGUGUA